UGUGAUGGUAGGAGAGGACAAUCAAGGUUACUUCUUGAUCACUUUUACGGUAACCUGUCGCCAGAGGGCGUUCAAGUUCUGAGCGGUUGCUUCCAAAUAGAGAAAAUCAAAUCUGCCGACCUAGUGCUAGUGGAUGAGUUUCUGUGCUUUCUCGGCGACAGAACUAUACGGCAGGUGGAUAGGAGCCAAAACUGUGUCAUAUUUUCGGCUGACAACUGCUUGUCUCUUUUUGAUGCUGCUUCGGGAGCUGAAGAAUCUUUUGCCGCUUACCUUAACGAGCCUCUUUACCUUAAUGCAUCUUUGCGAUCAAACCUCGGAAUCACCAAAUUUGUUGGAUCAUUUAGAGAUUACUUCGAUUCACAAAAUUUUGAGUUUGGUGCUUUUAGAUCAAAAAUUGGGCAAAUGUCAUGUCGUUGGGGACAUAAUUUAGAGGGCAGCCCGCCACAUAUUAAAAUCGUAUCUGCUUCUGAUUUUGACAAUGACCCAUUACAGCUAACGUAUGUAAAAGUAGCUGCAAAUAAAAUCCACGAAACGGUCAAAAAGUCAGCAGGACUCGAUUCUGUUCUGGUUGUCUUGUACCUUCAUUCUAUUACCAUUGGCAUGAUUAUAGAGCAAUUGAAGGCAAAGAAUAUUGAAUACGAGUACCGGAAUCCUAUCGAUAUUUUUAGCUCCCAGACUUUUUCAGGUUCUGAAACGAGUACAACUCGAACGAAACCAACAUUACCAAAAGUAGUUCUUCUCACAGGCCAUCAUUUGGAUGGCGCAGAGUUUGGAUCUGUGGUGGUCCUUCUGGAACGAUCUCUUCCUCAAUCCUGGAACGAGUUUCUGUUUGACAGGCUAUUCGUUACUUUCACAAGAGCAACUAUUGAUCUAAGCAUUGUUGUGAACGAUUCACCUUCGGCUCCGUUGUUACGUAACAUGCACACGAAAAUUUCUUGUAAAUCAGAUGGGCAGUUUUCUCUUUCAGAUGUCACAGAUUUCAACGAAGACUAUAACCAUCGAGCUUACGAGUGGCUAAAUGCAACCAGCGCUAACUUAGAACAAAAGCUUAUUGAUGUUAUACAAAAAUGUCUCCAUUCCUUAAAAGGUCCAGUCAUUUUGGUCGGAAAUGUACCAGAUGCUUCUCAACUCGUUGAAUGUGACUCAAGUGGAACUGGAUAUCCUGAAAGCAUUGCGAAAAACUUCAAGUGGUUCACAUUUGUAGGUCAAAACAGGAAACUCGGUGUGCUGGACGACCCUUCAACCUUCCGCUUGGUUAAUCAUUCUUCGGUCAAAUUCUCGGCUCUUGUUUUGGUUGCGAAAUCUGAAGAAGAGUACUUCGCUAUACACCAGAACAUUACAUACUAUAUACUGCUUUAUCAGAUGCAUCAGAAACAACUGCUAAACAGUCCAAUUUACUUUAUAACAAGUUUCAAAACCAAAGACAGUGAUACUGAAAUCAACAGAAUCUGCCAGUUUUUGUCUGAAAGGUCAGAGGGAAAAACACAAUCCAACAGAGGUGGUGAGAAAGUUCAGAUAGGGACGGCUGAGCUGGAUGACGAGCAUAAGAAAGCUAUUUUAAAGCGUAUGAGACUUGGCAGGCUAAUUACACCAGCUUAUCGGCUCCGUGAUUGCCUGGAGUACUUAUCAGAUGAAUUUGAUCGUCAUAUAAGCGAGAUAAAGCAGUCUGGCACCUGUGAAGCUGAUGCAGAAGUGUGUGAACUGAAUGACAGAAUGCGUGAAGUUAGAUUGGAGCUAGUGGAGCAGGCUACUGAGCUGGCCGAUAUGUUCUGCGAGGCCUCUCAAUUACAUGCGAACGAGGACAAGAAAAAACUAUUCAAAAAUGAAGCUGCCAAGUAUCGCGAGAAAGAGCGACUAUGGAAAGCGGAACUAGAACAUUAACUUUACGCGAAAUAAAAGUGCUCGUAUCAGGGUAAAGACGCGAAUGUUCCGGAUGCCCUAUAAUUGGGCGACGACCUGAGUGUUCCGAC